CCGACGCGUCUCCGCUGCUGAAGUUUGUUCGAUAAAUAAACCGAAGCGACGUUUAAAACGCGGCGAGCAGCGACGACCCGCAGCUGCAGCGCCACGGCCGGAGCUGCGGCGGCGGAGGGAACUGCAGCAGAAAGGAGAAAGCUCCAGCGGCUCCGUGACAUUUUUCUACCCGGACACCGAGACCGAGACUCGGCUCUUCCGCCUGCGAGAUGCCGGGCAUGAUGGACAAGGGCUCCGAGUACCUGGGGAAAGGUCGGUCCAACGGGACCAAGAGUCCGUCCAACGCGUCCAACGGGGGACACGUCUCCGAGGACAGCGGCAGCGACGACGAGCACGAUGUGGGCAUGCGGGUCGGAGCGGACUACCAGGCCAACAUCCCCGAGUUCGAGCCCGGUUGCACUAAGUACCCAGACAAGGACAGUGGAGGCAUGUUGGUCUGGUCCCCGUAUCACUGCAUCCUGGACUCCAAGUUGGACGAGUACAUCGCGUUAGCCAAAGAGAAACACGGAUACAACGUGGAGCAGGCUCUGGGCAUGCUCUUCUGGCACAAACACAACAUCGAGAAGUCUCUGGCCGACCUCCCGAACUUCACGCCGUUUCCUGACGAGUGGACGGUGGAGGACAAGGUUCUGUUCGAACAGGCGUUCAGCUUCCACGGGAAAAGCUUCCACCGCAUCCAGCAGAUGCUGCCGGACAAAUCCAUCUCCAGCCUGGUGAAGUAUUACUACUCGUGGAAGAAGACUCGCUCCAGGACGAGUCUGAUGGACCGACAGGCUCGUAAACUGGCCACCAGGAGCAACCAGGACGUCAGUGACGAGGAGAUGGAGGAGGUGAAUCCCAUCGAGGCUCACGACAGCGACUACGACCCCAACAAGGAAGCAAAGAAGGAGAACCCGGUGGAGCCGGUGGCGCCGGGCUCCAAGGUGGCGCUGGGUCGCCGGGAGCACCAGACGCUGCAGCACCGACACCACCAGCGCUCCCGCUGCCGCCCCCCCAAAGGCAUGUACCUGACGCAGGAGGACGUGGUGGCCGUGUCCUGCAGCGGAUCCGCCGCCAACACGCUGCUCCGCCAGCUGGACAUGGAGCUGGUGUCCCUCAAGAGACAGGUGCAGAACGCCAAGCAGAUGAACAGCGGACUCAAGCUCCUGCUGGAGGCCGGAGUCGAGGACCUCCGGCUCCCUGAGUGGAACCAGAAGGUGAACGCUCGCUGGACCACGGACGAGCAGCUCCUGGCCGUUCAAGGUGUCCGGAAAUACGGAAAAGACUUUCAAGCCAUCGCAGACGUCAUCGGCAACAAGACGGUCGGCCAGGUGAAGAACUUCUUUGUGAACUACCGACGGCGGUUCAACCUGGAGGAGGUGCUGCAGGAGUGGGAGGCGGAGCAGGGAACACGAGCUCCCAACGGAGACAGCGCCACCUCAGGAGAGGAGGGGAAGAACAGCUCCACCACUCCGUCAGGGAAGAGCACUGACGAAGAGGACGAAGAGGGUCAGGUGACCUCCUCAGGUGCGUCUCCUGCUGCCUCCUCCUCCUCCUCGGCUCAGACUCUGGUGACGUCCAGUAGCUCCUCCUCUUCUCUCCACCAGCCCCCUCCCCUCCUGCGGCCCUCCCUGCCAGCCACGCCCUCCCUGCACCGCCAGCCGCCGCCCCUCCAGCAGCAGGCUCGCUUCCUGCAGCCCCGCCCCACGCUGCAGCAGCCCCCGCCUCUCAUCCGCCCCUCCAACCCCCUGCCCCCCCGCCUCAACCCCCGCCCUCCUGCUCCCAUGACCCUCAGUGGGAACCCGGGGGCGUCCGGCCCGAGCUCCGCCCAGCAGCCCUCGGGUCUGACCCUCCACCAGGGGGAGGCGGCCUCGUCUUCCUCGCUCCACUAACCACAAGAAAGAAAAGUUCGGUUUCCAUGGAAGCUGCUGCAUUCAGGUCCUGUGGGAAAAUCGGAUUAUUGAGGUUCAAAAAAAGCGACAGUUUCACUUCUGACCAACUUCUCCAGAGUUCAACCACAAGAACAUAAAAGUGACUCAUUCACACGGGAUCCAGCAGCAGAUCACUGCUGAGGUGUGUGUUUCCCACCGGACGUCCUGGUGGACCCUGGCUCUAACAGCUCUGUGUUGUUUGGGAGGUCGGACUGAAACUUAGUCUUAAAUCAGAAAUGAAACCUCAACACGUGUUGCAUCUCACAGGGUUCCAUCCUGAGGCCCCUCUGGUUCUGUGUCUGUGUGUCGCCUUAAACACCAACAAGGACACAACAGCACCUGGAAAACAUUUUCACUCUAAUAUCAUGAACGACCCUUUAAACACAAUAAGACUAAAGGCCUUUGCACAUCAACGCGACACAAAUUAAAAGCAUGAAAUAUAAAAUAACUUGAAGGUGAAGUUCGAUUUUUCAUAUUUAUACAAAAAACACUAACUUCUGCCUCAUAAAGAUGAAUUCAUUUCUCAGACUGGUGCAGGAGGAAGUUGUUGUUUCUUCUUCUACUGAUCAAAAGGAGAAAAUCCUCAACAACGUGCAUUCUGAUUUGUUGGACAUUUUAAAAUGUACCUUAGUCCAAAAAACCAAAAGCCUCGGUGUCUCUGCAGUUCCGCGACAUUGACUCGAUACAGAUUUUGGAAUCUAUUAAUAGCAUGAAAUAAAUCCCACAAAGAAAACGUGUCCAGUGUGCAAAGGUCUGAAGAGUCGACUCACAUGCUAGCAGCCUCGUGCGGAUGUAGUUGAAUGCUGAUAUCAGCAGGUUUCAUGUUUAUCAUCUUCACAGUCUUCGUCAAACACGCUAACAUUUGUUAACUUGAAUCAGUGUGAUUUCUAAAAGUGUCAAGUUUCAUCCGUGGAGUUUUAUGUUGUAAUGCUUGUUUCAGGCUUCACAUUGUGAGAAAGAAUUCUUUAACGUUUAAUGAUCUCAUGAGCUGUCAUUUAGCGCCACCCUCAGGACAAACGCUACAUAUCUAUCUAGAUUUUAAGAAAAAGAUAAAUGUUGGUGAGAUGAGAUUCUUCUUUGGUUUUAGUUUGGUCCCAUCUGCUAACAUGGAGGAGGCGGGGUUUCUGAGCUAUACUGCAGCCGGCCACCAGGGGUUCACACUUUGGCUUCACUUUCGGGAGCUGUCAUGUCGUCCAUCUUUAUUUACAGUCGUUUCUAACUGAAGAUAUAAAUCUGUAGCUUUUAUCAAACAGGAAACGUCGCACUUGUCGGGGACUAUUUCCUGCGGUGGAUUAAUCUACACGUGGUUCAGGGAUUUCUUGAGAAGAAGAAAAUCUCCAGGCGUGUACAGAUGUUAACGGUUUGAAUGAUUUGUAACCUGCCAUCAAUCAUCAAUAAUCAAUAACCUGUCGAUCUUUUUAAAAAGACUUCACACAGACGUCCUCCUGUUUUUAUCGAUGUUCUGUUCUUGGGUUUAAUGUUCUCACGGUCGAUGUUUUCAUUUGAAAACUAAAAACUCGACUGGUCACCGUCUCUGUUAUUUAUUCUUCUUCCUCUUCCUGUUGCUCCCAGUCCGGUGACGUCAUCGUGAAAGUGCUCUUCAGGCUUUUUGGACGAACAUGUAUCACAACAUUUGAGUUUCAGUAGAAUCUGUAAAAUAUGGAUGUUAACGUGAAGCUGCUCAUUAAAAACUGCAUUUAUAUCAUCA